AUGGUACCACAUGGAACUACGAUCCCUGUGGAUGUCUACUGUAGACAAAUUAAAUCUGUUGCGGCGGCAUUGCAUGGUGAACAGAAUCGAACCUUCUUCAUUCAUGGUACUGCUCGCGCCUAUGUGACAAAGUUGACCCAGCACAAGCUGAAAAGCUUCGGCUGGGCUGUGAUUCUAUAUGCACUGCACUCAAAUGAUGUUGUGCCUACAGAUUAUAAUAUGUUCCACUCUCUUCAAAACCACCUGAAUGCAACACACUUUAACAAUCGAGAGUACCUCAAGAGAUGGUGGGCUAACUUUUCCAAUUCUCAAACUCCAGGUUUCUAUAGAAGUUGA